GGAACGACAUCGGCAGCGGGAACGGCGGCGGCAGGAGGAGCGGGAUCGGCAGCGGGAACGGCAGGAGGAACGGCAGCGGGAACGGGAUCGGCAGCGGGAGCGGGCGCUCCCGAAAAUCUUCCUUGAUCCAAUUAUGAAAAAAUGUUUAGAAAAGGAAAAAAGCGACACAGCAGCAGCAGCUCACAAAGCAGUGAAAUCAGCACUAAAAGCAAGUCUGUAGAUUCCAGUCUUGGGGGACUUUCCAGGUCUAGUACUGUGGCCAGCCUAGAUACAGACUCCACGAAAAGUUCAGGACAAAGCAAUAGUAAUUCUGAUACAUGUGCAGAAUUCAGAGUUAAGUAUGUUGGUGCCAUUGAAAAAUUGAAAUACAAUGAGAGCAAAAGUCUUGAAGGGCCACUGGACUUGAUAAAUUACAUAGAUGUUGCACAGCAAGAUGGAAAGUUACCUUUUGUUCCAGGUGAAGAGGAGUUUAUUAUGGGAGUUUCCAAAUAUGGCAUUAAAGUUUCCACAUCUGAUCAGUAUGAUGUGUUACACAGGCACGCUCUGUAUUUGAUUGUACGGAUGGUGUGCUAUGACGAUGGUCUGGGAGCAGGAAAAAGUUUACUGGCUUUGAAGACAACAGAUGCAGCCUCUGAAGAAUGCAGCCUCUGGGUAUAUCAGUGCAAUAGUUUGGAACAAGCACAAGCCAUUUGCAAAGUGUUGUCUACAGCCUUUGAUUCCGUUUUGAUGUCGGAGAAGUCCUGAUUUCCCUCGGCAGCAGUGUUUGUGUUUGUGUUUGUGUGGGGGCUCCUUGUGACCCCACGGGCAGCCUGGAGCCACUCACAGUCCUAGGAAGGACUUCCUGUGCAAAGAAGAGCCACACAACCUUGCACAUGGUACUCUGGCAUUCCCCAAACAUGGCUUGAAGAUUCCAUCUUCACUGUCCAGGACAUUACAGAAUUUUAUAUUUAACACAAUUUCUCUUUUUUCCUAAACCAUGUUUUGUAUGUUAAUGUCAAUAUUGCAGAAAUGCAGAAUAAAACUGACACUUGCUUCUA